CACACUACAAACUUACUAAUCAAAAUUCGAUUUCCUCUGUCUUUGUCUCUUUGAAAAAAAAUACCAACUAAGCCAAGAUGCCUGCUGAUCAGAGCUCAUCGCUUUCCGGCCAUGGCCAAACUGUUUGUGUCACCGGGGCCGGAGGCUUCAUUGCUUCUUGGUUAGUGAAGCUCCUUCUGGAGAGAGGCUAUAAUGUGAGAGGAACCGUGAGAAACCCAGGUGACCCAAAAAAUGCUCAUCUGAGAGAACUGGAAGGCGCCAGAGAGCGGCUGAGCUUGCGAAAAGCCGAUCUUCUCGAUUUCGAAAGCCUGAAAGAUGCCAUUAACGGAUGUGAUGGCGUUUUCCACACAGCAUCGCCUGUAACUGAUGAUCCGGAACAAAUGGUGGAGCCGGCAGUGAAUGGAACAAAGAAUGUGAUCGUUGCCGCUGCUGAGGCCAAGGUUAAACGCGUCGUCUUCACGUCUUCAAUCGGUGCCGUCUACAUGGACCCCACCAGAGGUCCCGAUGAGGUUGUCGAUGAAUCCUUUUGGAGUGACCUGGAGUUUUGCAAGAACACCAAGAACUGGUACUGCUAUGGGAAAGCUGUGGCGGAGCAAGCAGCGUGGGAUGAGGCCAAAGAGGGAGGAGUAGACUUGGUGGUGGUGAACCCAGUUUUGGUGCUAGGACCAUUGCUCCAACCAACCAUCAACGCCAGCAUCAUCCACAUUCUCAAGUACUUGACUGGCUCGGCCAAGACUUAUGCCAAUUCUGUUCAGGCCUAUGUGCAUGUUAAGGACGUUGCAUUAGCACACCUACUUGUGUAUGAAACUCCCUCGGCAUCUGGCCGGUAUAUUUGCGCCGAGAGCGUCCUUCACCGUGGAGAUGUCGUUGAAAUCCUCGCCAAAUUCUUCCCGGAGUACCCCAUACCCACCAAGUUGAAAGAUGAUGGUAAACCCCGAGCAAAACCCUACAAGUUCUCAAACCAGAAGCUACGCGACUUGGGUUUGGAGUUCACUUCCGCGAAACAAAGUCUAUAUGACAGUGUCAAGAGCUUGCAGGAGAAGGGUCACCUUAAAGUUCCUACAAAACAAGAAGACGAAUCUAUUAAGAUCCAAUCUUAAGUGAGGCUUAUCUUGGGUGCUGGCUCUGCUCAGUAUGAUGGUAGCGAUCAGAAUAUAUGACCUGUUUGUUAAUGAAAGACAAUGAAAAGUUGCUAGUGUUUCGUUGUCCAUGGCUAAUGGGGGAUUGUUUUUCGUUUUCUUUCAAACUCCAAUCGUGAUUUGGGGCAGUAUAAAUCUUUGUUUAUUAUGGAUAUCGUACUUUUAAAUUUUAUGUCAUAAUUUGUAGGA